GGCGAGGGGGAAGGAACGAGGCAGCUCCCGCCCGCCUUCAUCCCACUUCCACGCCCACCUUCGCCAAACCGCCCACCUUCAUCACACCCCUCCUCUUCCUCUCUCUCUCCCCAACACCGCCCCGCCACUCCUUCAUCUUCGCUUGCUUCUACAUCUUCUGUAUCGCUGUGCAACCCACACCCUGUCCCAUCGCGAGUGUGGAUGUUGCCGCACCAGGCCUCGCGCCACCCGCCACUUUUUCCCUCUCCCAAAUCCCGUCGAGGGUGCAAUCCAUCACAUGUAGUGAUGCCACACCGCCCCUCCUUCUCCGCCACCUCCACCAAGAGUUAGCACACGCCCUUCCCUUCGCGCCCAGGCGCGUCGCGCGCCUUCCGCCUCCCCCAUCGAUACAGCCUCCCUCCGAUCGAGAUGUCUGCCGUCGCAGCUCCUGCGGCCACGACACCCCCCGCCGCCACGCGCAAGGUGUCGGGCGGCGGGGUGGACAAGGAGAAGGAGAAGCGAUACAAAUGUCAGUUCUGUAGUCGCGCGUUCAGCAGGUCGGAGCACAGGUCGCGCCACGAACGGUCACACACCAAAGAGCGGCCGUUCAAGUGCUCCAAAUGUCGAAGCACCUUCGUCCGUCGAGACCUCCUUCUCCGCCACGACCGCACCGUGCACGCCAAAGACGGCGGCAUCCCGCUGCAGAGCGACGUGAAGAAGCGGACCUCCACAUCCAAAGACUCCCCCACCGACAGCUCUUCCAAACUCCCCGACCUCGACGAUGCAACGCUGGACCAGUUCGGCGACGCCUCCGAUCCCUUUGGCGUCGAGCAGGCCGCCAUGUUGAUGGCCAACUUCCAGCAAAAGGCAGCCAUGUCGGGUCAGGACAUUGCUAGCGUACACCCCGAACCCCUCCUCUCCCCCCAUCACGCCCCGCAUCUCAUCGAGCCGUCGUCUCUGCCCUACCCGGGCUCCAUGACGCUGCCGCAGAUGCACGGAUGGGACCAGAUGCUGCCGCAGAAUGUGCAUCGCGCCAAACCCUCGUCCAUCUCGUCCGGCGGAGAUGCGCAUGCCGACCUUCUUCCGUACGCCAACGGCGCCUCGGUCUCGUCGAAUCACCACACCCUCGCGCCCCUCAUGGACCGCACGCAAAGUCAGACAGACGGCCUGCCUUCCUUUGCCUCGUCAUCCCUGAUGAACGGCCUCGCUACUCCCGGCGCCUUGUCGCCCUUCCCGUCCAUGCUCGGUCCGGUGUCUCCGGUUGACUACCGCAGAUCACCAGGUCCCCCGCAGCAGUGCACCAUGGCAAAAGCACCACAAGUCGAGAAUGAAGACCAGAUCAGCUCCAUCAUGGACAACAUCCGACACUGCGAUGCCGAAGGCCAACUCAUCGAAACCUUCCUCCUACCGCCGCUUUCCGUCCUCAACCGCUACCUCUCCACCUACUUCAACUUUUUCCACCAUCACCUCCCCUUCCUGCAUCCCGCUUCCUUCGACCCGGCUACAGAGCCUGCGCCACUCUUACUAUCAGUACUGUCGAUCGGCGCGUUGUACACAUUCGAGCAAGACCAGGCAUACAUGCUACACAUCGGCUCCAAGGUGCUGUGCAACGAGUUCUUACUCAAAAAGGACAACUUCAGCUCGCGCAAGUGCCCUCUAUGGAUGAUGCAGAGUACACUGCUCAACAUGAGCUUUGCAAGUUGGAGCGGCGAUCCGAAGGGGUUGGAGUGGGCGUGUUCGAUCAAGAGUCUGCUAGCCAACAUGGUCGCCGGCAACCGGUAUGAACUGGCGCUGCGCAGCGAGGGACGCGAGGGACGCCAGCCCACACACAAAGAGUGGAUUGAAGACGAGUGCUGCAGGCGCACGUAUUUUGGCGUGUACAUCUUCUUCGGACUGCUCACCCUGACCUACAACCACACCCCGGCCAUCAACUUCAACGAAUUCGACACGCUCGAACUGCCGUCUUCAGAAUCGCUGUGGAACAUGCAUCCCAGCGACGACGAUAGCUGGUUUGAGGCUUUGACCGCCUCUUCCGGCAUCACCUUCCGCGAAGCACACGAUGCUCUCUUCCAGGGCGACCCGGCACCGUACAGCGCCUUUGCAACGCGCGUCAUGAUCAACGCACUAUUCCUGGAGGUGUGGUACCACAAGCGCAGCCCGGAAGCGCUGCAAGACGUGGUCACGGAGUACAAGCUGCGCCUCGCGCUGGAAACGUGGGAGAAGUCGCUCGAGCUGUGCGAGCCGGAGACGGUCGUGGUGCAGCUGAGCGCGCCGCACAAGGGCCACCCGCUCAUCUUCAACGCCAUGGCCAUGUUCCGUAACACGCGCGCGCGCCUACUGGUUGAUCUCAAGACGGUGCAGGAGGCCCUGCGCUACCACGACUCUUACGAAGUCGCGGGCGCAAUGACCAACGCGCGCGACAAGGUCAAGCGCAGCCAGGAGAUGCUCCUCGUCAUCCAAGCCUGCUUCGACUGCAUCGAAGUCGCGGCUCUGCAGGGCAUCCGCUGGGUAGCGCGAACCUCGGCGACGAACUGGAGUAUCGAACACCCGCUCUGCGGCCUCGACUUGAUUGUCAUUCUCAGUUUAUGGCUUUGGAGAGUCGAGCAUGACGACGAGCCGGCGACGGAGGAGGAGAAGGCGAUGUACCAGAAGUUGCGGAACCUCUUCGACGACGACUCGGUCGACGGCUUUGGGCAGAAGCUCAGCUCGACGGUUGCGCGCUUGUGGGGGAGUAUGAUUGAUGAAGUGGUCGUCUGGGGCAUCACCAAGCUCAUGGGCGAAUCCUUCAAGCUACACUCCCAGGCUCUCGCCGGUUACGAGGAUUCCAUCCUGGCUGCCGAGAACACUAAUAACGCCAACGCCACCAAUAGUAACGGCACGCCGCAGCCUCUGCCUGCCGCCCCGCAAGCGUCGGAAGUCGCGGCGUAUUGAAAGGCAAUGCAUCAUACAUUCCACUCCGAGAAUACCAUCUCCAUCUGCCCAUACGGCGGACUCGCCUCGAGAGAAACAACGAAUCUCUCUACCCGACCAAAACCACCUCUAUAAUCAUCUCCGCCAUCAGAAAGGAAAACCCGGACCUACCUCCCACCUUCUACAUUGUCCUUUACACCCCUCGACCUUUCCCGCUGCUGCUGCACCAACAACAACAACAGCAACAACCGCAGCAGCAACAUCUCUUUAUCUCUCGGAUUCGGAUACCAUGUGCGUUAUACACCACCACCUUCAAGAAGCAU